AUGUGUAACGUGACCAGUUACAGAUCAAACCACAACCGUUUGAAAGAGUACCUGAAGAACAAGCCGCUCAUAAUGGAUCCUCCGAUUUACGAAGUUGGAACUCGUUUAUCUAUUAGCCUUUUAUUUGGUCUUGUGGCUAUUCUGGAUAUUGAUGAAGUAAAGCAGGUUUACACAUUCAUAGCAUAUUUUGAAGCUUCGUGGAAAGAUCCUGAAGUGUCCUGGAAUGCGACAGAGUUCGGUAACAUCUCGGAGAUACAGCUGGAUCGCAAUUCAGUAUGGACACCAACUCUUUUUAUUGGUAAUGGCGUAGAUCGCCUUCGAGUUUUUGACGGAUUGUUUGAUUAUCGUGUAGAGUCACCGGGCUACAUUAUAGUAUCCACCACCGACAUCUUCAAAGUAACAUGUUCCAUAAACGCGUACAGAUACCCAUUUGACAGCCAAACAUGCGGACUACGAAUUGUAAUCCCAUUUCAGGAACCCUGGGAUUUUCAUGCAAUGUCUUUAGAUCUACCUCUACAGGAACUAUUUGCAACCGACAAUGAAUGGUACCUUCAUGGCAAGUCUGGAGUCGAGGCCAGAGUUUGGAACUCGAGUGGAAACGCCAGGGUGACAGGACCGUACACCUUCCAGGUUGCCGAUUUCAUGAUGACUCUGAAACGAAAGUAUGUUUUCUACAUCGUGACCACCAUAUUUCCACUGUUCCUGCUGUCGAUCCUGGCGAGUUUUGUCUUCCUGUUGCCGGCGUCUUCUGGAGACAAGAUGUCUUACCUCAUUUCCAUAUUCGUGUCCCACACCGUGUUUCUGAACUACGUGAACGAGUCGAUGCCCAGGACAUCCAACUCCUUGUCCUUGUUCGAGCUCUAUCUUUCGUUCGUCCUGUCCCACUGCUGUCUGGCUAUUCUCGCCACGUUACUGGUUCUACGCGCAUACACCAACUGGCAACAUCAUGACCAAUCUGGAAAUCGUGUAUCCUCUCUGUCUGAACUCACCAACAUUCUAAAACCAGAACUCUUUAAGGUUCACAACAGUUCCCUAAUGAAACCUUCGGUCAAGAAGGGGAAUACUAGCAAAGGACCGAGAAGGACACGUUGUUAUAUGACUCUUGGUGCCAUAUUUUUUGUGCUUUUCCUAACGUCUGCAGUCGUGUUUCCAGUAAUACUUGUGGUGUAUCUGUAA